AUGAGCAACUUCGAGCAGUUCUACAAUGAUAUCAAAGAAACGGAGAAGGAAGAUUCUACACUAACGUCACAACAACAGCUUGAUCGUCUUCUUAGACCUGGAUCUACAUACUUGAACUUAAACCCUUUUGAGGUUCUGCAAAUCGAUCCGGACUCUGAUAUCGAAUUAGCGAAAAAGAAAUUCAAGAAACUGUCCCUGCUUAUUCACCCUGACAAAAACCCCGAUGAUCGAGAUAGGGCCGAUCAAGCAUUCGACAUUAUAAAGAAGGCUAUGAAACAAAUUGAAAAUCCACUGGAACUAAAUCGCUGCAAGGAUUGCUACACAGAAGCUCGGGCUCGCUUAGCUAUUGUGAUGUCCGAAAAGCGACGUAAGGCGAAGAAGGAGAACGGCACUAAUGAAAUUGAGGAGGAUGACCCGGCGGUAUACAAGAAGCAGUUGUGGAUAGCUGUCACGAAAGUUUUCGCAGAUCGCGAAAAGAAAAGGAAAAUGUUGGAGGAACGGGCAAAUGAAGAAAAACGACGUGCGGCAGAGACGAUUCAGCAAGCAGCGGAAAAGAGAAAGCUGGCUGAAGAGUUUGCUAAGAACUAUGAGGAAUCUCGUGAUGAACGUUCAGGCAGUUGGCGUAAUUUCCAAGCCAAAAAAGCAAAACGUGAAGAGGGAGGUAAGACAAUGCGGGGCGCAGCUUUUCGCCCGCCGAAACCUAAGCUACAAAAAUAA